AUGCGCGCAGACUCCUCCUCAUCUCCGGUGUCAAACUUGACAUCAGUCUCCGAGCCGAGAAUGGUAACUUGUGUCGGAAUCGGCGAUCCCGCAUCAGUGGCAUGCUUUAUGGAGUUAUAUACCUCUCUUUUCCCUCUGAACCACCGUCAUGGACUGCAAACCCUCUGUCCUUUUUCUUAUCCUCUUCGCGCUCGUUUGCCAAGGACAUCUGACUAACCAUCACUCCAAUGAAGUUAACCUGCUUGAUUCCAAAGCAAGCCAGGGGGAGCUGGGGUGGAUCUCCUACCCGUCACAUGGGUGGGAAGAGAUCAGCGGUGUGGACGAGCACUACACACCAAUCCGCACCUUCCAGGUGUGCAACGUCAUGGAGUACAGCCAGAACAACUGGCUGCGGACCAACUGGAUCCCUCGGAACUCCGCCCAGAAGAUUUACGUGGAGCUCAAGUUCACCCUGAGGGACUGUAACAGCAUCCCCUUGGUCUUGGGGACCUGCAAGGAGACUUUCAACCUCUACUACAUGGAGACGGAGGAGGACCAGGGUGACCAGUUCUGGGAGCACCAGUUCUCCAAGAUCGACACCAUCGCGGCCGACGAGAGCUUCACGCAGACGGACCUGGGCGACCGCAUCCUCAAGCUGAACACCGAGGUGCGGGAGGUGGGGCCCGUCGCCCGGAAGGGCUUCUACCUGGCCUUCCAGGACGUGGGGGCCUGCGUGGCGCUGGUGUCGGUGCGAGUGUACUUUAAGAAGUGCCCGUUCACGGUCAGGAACCUGGCCACGUUCCCUGACACGGUGCCCACCGACUCCCAGGCGCUGGUGGAGGUCCGGGGGUCCUGCGUCAAUAACUCCAGGGAGGCGGAGCCUCCGAGGAUGUACUGCAGCACGGAGGGGGAGUGGCUUGUGCCUAUUGGAAAAUGCCUGUGUGACAUCGGCCAUGAACCACGGGGGGCCACCUGCCAAGUCUGCAGGCCUGGCUUCUAUAAGUCUUCUCCUGGGAACCUGCGGUGCUCAAAGUGCCCUCCCCACAGCUAUACCCUCCAGGAGGGCUCUGCCCACUGCAGCUGUGAGAAGAACUUCUUCCGCUCUGAGGCAGACCCCACCUCUAUGGCCUGCACCCAGCCGCCGUCCGCCCCCCGAAACGUAAUCUCAGUCAUCAACGAGACCUCGGUCAUCCUGGACUGGGGCUGGCCGGCUGACUCUGGCGGAAGGAAGGACGUGACCUUUAACGUGCUGUGCAAGCGGUGCUUCGCGGGGCAGCGGCAGUGCGAGGCCUGCAGGGGGGCAGUGCGUUUCUUGCCCCGCCCCGCUGGGCUCAGCAACACCACGGUGACCGUCACCGACCUGCUGGCGCACACAAACUACACCUUCGAGAUCGAGGCACUGAACGGAGUCUCUGCCCUGGUGCCCUCCCAGCGUCAGUUCGCCGCUGUCUCCAUAACAACAAACCAAGCAGCUCCGUCGGCAGUGGCAGUGAUCAGGAAGGACCGGACAUCGCGGAACAGCAUCUCCUUGUCCUGGCUGGAGCCUGAGAGGCCCAAUGGCAUCAUCCUGGACUACGAGGUCAAGUUCUAUGAGAAGCAGGAGCAAGAGACAAGUUAUACUAUCCUGAGGGCGAAAGGCACCAACGUUACUCUAAACGGGCUGAAACCGGACACCGUCUACCUGCUGCAGAUACGCGCUCGCACUGCUGCUGGGUAUGGAGCCAGCAGCCGCAAGUUUGAGUUUGAGACCAGUCCCGACUCCUUCUCCAUCUCCAGUGAGAACAGCCAGGUGGUGCUGAUAGCCAUUUCCUCGGCUGUAGCCAUUAUCCUCCUGUCGGUGGUGGUGUACCUGCUCCUGGGCAGGUUUUGUGGGUACAGUAAAUCAAAACACCCAGAUGAAAAAAGACUUCCCUUUGGUAAUGGCCACUUGAGACUUCCAGGGAUCCGGACCUAUGUGGACCCACACACUUACGAGGACCCAAGUCAGGCCAUCCAUGAAUUUGCCAGAGAACUGGACGCCUCUUGCAUAGCUAUCGACAAGGUGGUCGGGGCAGGUGAGUUUGGGGAGGUGUGCAGCGGCCGUCUGAAGCAGCCCUCAAAGAAAGAGACCUGCGUGGCGAUCAAAACCCUCAAGGCGGGAUACACGGAAACACAGAGGCGGGACUUCCUGAGCGAGGCCAGCAUCAUGGGACAGUUUGACCACCCCAAUAUCAUUAGGUUGGAGGGCGUGGUCACUCGCAGUAAACCGGUCAUGAUCGUGACAGAAUACAUGGACAAUGGAUCCUUGGAUAGCUUCUUGCGAAGGCAUGAUGCCCAGUUCACGGUGAUCCAGCUGGUGGGCAUGCUGCGUGGCAUCGCCUCGGGCAUGAAGUACCUCUCGGACAUGGGCUACGUCCACCGGGACCUGGCCGCCCGCAACAUCCUGGUCAACAGCAACCUGGUGUGCAAGGUGUCCGAUUUCGGCCUGUCCCGGGUGCUGGAGGACGACCCCGAGGCCGCCUACACAACAAGAGGAGGUAAAAUUCCAAUCAGGUGGACUGCGCCAGAAGCCAUUGCCUACCGGAAGUUCACCUCAGCCAGUGAUGCCUGGAGUUACGGCAUUGUGGUGUGGGAGGUGAUGUCCUAUGGAGAGAGGCCUUACUGGGAAAUGUCCAAUCAGGAUGUGAUCAAGGCAGUGGACGAGGGGUACCGCCUGCCCCCUCCUAUGGACUGCCCUGCAGCCCUGUACCAGCUGAUGCUCGAUUGCUGGCAGAAAGACCGCAACAACCGGCCCAAGUUUGACCACAUAGUAAGCAUCCUGGACAAGCUGAUCCGGAACCCCAGCAGCCUGAAGAUCAUCGCCAACGCCCCCAGCCCAGAAAACAUGCUCUUGGACAGGACGGGUGCUGACAUUGCCACUUUUUGCUCCAUGGGUGACUGGCUAGAGAGCAUGCAGACGUUGCCUUGCAAGGACAUCUUCAACGGGGCCAGCUACAGCUCCUGCAACACCCUGGCCAAGACCUCUACAGAGGACUUCAAACAGGUUGGCGUGACGAUCCUAGGUCCACAGAAGAAGAUUGUGAGCAGUAUCACGGCGCUUGAAACACACGCAAAGAAUGGCCCGGUUCCCGUCUGAACGUAUGUACAGAGAAACCAUUGUCUCCGCCGCGUCAAAAAGACGAGAAUUCAACAAAGGGGGAGAGGGAGGGGUGGGGCGGGUGGGGGGAUAGGAUGGUACAAAUUGAAAAUGCUGAGAUGAAAUGACAAAGUCAGAGGCAACAUCUCGGGAGAGCAAAGAAGGACAGGGACUCUGGGGGGCUGGUGGUGUACGAGAAGAAAACAGCUUUCUGCUGAUGAUGGGUUGCCGUAUAAAGGAUUAAAGACAGCAAGACAUUACUCUGAGGAUCAGAAAGCCCCUUUCAGCACCAUGGGCUGGGAGCGGGGUAUUUCUAUGGUUCCUGGAAGUGCCCAAGAAGCAAAGAGGACUUGGCAUUUGUGCGAGCAUUAGCGGCUUGCAGAAACAUCAAGCGCAAAUUCACCAUUAUUCAGGUGUUUACCUCUGAAGGCUUCUGACUCAUGAUGAAGGAGAUUUUUAACACCUAUACCAUCGCAUAGCAAUAAACUGCUGCCUUGGCUGGAAACAGAAACAAGAUUUGACGGUAAAUGAACUGCAGGAAGCAGGCUGAGUCACACGCUUCCUGGGGAUCUGUAUGACAUCAGCAGAGAUCCACCUCUACUGCUCACUCGGCGCUUUUGACUUAGUCCACGUGUACACGGAGUAAACUCGAUAAAAUUUUCUCCAACCGACUGCCUGUGGUUUAUGACUCACUUGAUUCAUGACAAGUCAUGGUCUUUCUUCCUGGGGUUAUAGCUGAAGUGUCCCUACAAAUAGGUUUCAGGCUCUCAAAUCCUUCUGUCGUUUUAGCAUAAGGGAGGAUUUCUGUAGGACAUGGCCAUUGACAGAAUAUUUUUAAUAGAUUUUUUCUUUUAAUAGAUUAAUUACUUUUAGAGAGUACUGAAUAUUUCAACAAGUUAAGAACAAACACCUUCACAACAAACACAAACACCUUCUCUCUUCCCACUCACAGAUUCUGAGCAAAAACAAUAAACUAAAACAACAAACUAAAAUAUCAAAGACAAAAGAAAGCUGAACUGAGCAGCGAGCUGAAAAGCUUUUCAGCAAACCAGCUCUUCCAGCUUUUCAGCGACGGUUUACUUUUUUUUUGUGCGUGGACAAACAGAACUCAAACACUUGCUCUCUCGGCAUAUGCUCCCGGUCAUAGCCGCAAAUUGUGGAGAGGAACACACCUUUUAAGCACCUGGGCUGAUUAGUUAAUACCACCCAGGUGUGUGUGCUCUCUCCACCAGCCGGUGUGGCUGAGACAAAUCCGCUUCUCCAGCGGACUGAAUAUCACACCGUCUUAUGCAUCAAAAAAGCAGAAGUAGUUUAUUUUUUAUAACUGCCAAUUCUAGCUGAUAAAUGAGACGCUGUACAUCUUCCUGUUAAAAUAAUGCAAAGGCAAUAUAAAGUGCUGUUCAUGCACCACUAACACAGAAAAAAGCACAGUCAGCCAUAGUUUCGAUGGGGCAAAGAACUGAAGGUGUUUUGGAUCUAGACUUUUGAAAAAUAUAUGUGGAAAUCCAACCACUGACUAAGCAUUAUGUUCUUUUGUUUAUUUGACUGAAAACAAGUUUGCACAUAUUUUUACCUCCUCAGUAAAUCCUCAUGUUGUAAACAAAAGGUUCUUCCCUUACUUAAUAGUUAUAAUAAAAUAUCUGAUGUAGAAUACAUAUUUCCUAAAUAGCUCUUAAAUUAUUAUUGUAAUUCAAAGAUGUGCAAUGAGGAGGUGUGCUUUCAUUUACCAGAUAUUAAUGUGACUCGGAACUAAUUCUAUGAAGAAUUAGUUACAAAACCUGGUAUUCCUAGUCUUGCGAUAGAAAGAGGGCACCAGGGAGCCCUUAUUAAAUCACAUACAAACUCUUAUUAAAUCACAUACAAACACAUACAAAUAUGCAUGUGAAUAGGCACAUAUACGCACCCAGCUUUUUCAUGCCCCCAUUUUUUUAAUGUCAUAAAUUACAGAUAUUUCUUCACAGUUUGCAAAUUGGAGACACUCUGCUUAACGGCUGACUGUAUUAUGAUAGGUGAUUAAAUCAGAAUGCCAUUCACCGCCUCAUUUUGGGACCACCUCAGGACCUCUGCACAUCAUCUGAGAGGGAAGAAAGGAAGGGGCAAGGGAGGGUGAAAACUUGCAAGUUGGACCUUAGUUAUCCAAGUCUUUGUUCCCACACAGUUUCUUACAAGAGUUAGUAUCAAUUAACGGGGUACAGGAAUUAUCAUAAUACUGCAGUAAGGCUCCUUUAAACUAUUCAUAUUCUUAACUUCAUGUCUGUUCAACCUAACCUCACAAGUCAGCCCUGCUCAUGGAAAAUGUAGUGUCUGUGAAAAUUUUCACAGAUGUCCACAGUUGGCCCAUAGUGCUACACUCUUUAAUUCAGCUGGUCCGUUUCCAUCUUUGUCCACAAUGCCAAGAAACCAUUGUUGGAAAAAAAACAAAAAAACAUGUAAUGAAAGGAACAAAACAAUAGGCAGGACAUUUUCAUGUUGGGAUUUAGCUUAGGACCUAACCCGAGACUGGACAUUUGCCGUUUCAAACAUCUAAGUAGAUUGCCUGGAAACUGCGGGAUCAUAUUAGGAGCAGGGAUUGGUUUCUGAGCAUAGCUUUUACUGGAAGGACAGCAUUAACUUGACGACCAGAGGUGUUAAAUGUGUCAUGGAAAGAGAUCCAUUUUGGUUCACGAUGAGGCCUGAGAUCCUGGAAGCAUUGGCUUAAAAAUUGAAUAUAAAUUGUGAAAAGGAAAUUUGAAUGAAUUAAUAAAACCUUAUUAAAAAACAUGAGCAGAUAUUAUGAAAAGGAGACAGCAAACUUCAUAUGGAUCUGGGGGCAUCUUUGAUAGCAAUCAUAAACAGUCCCUUUCAUACUGUAUGUAUGACUUCUGGUUUACAGCUGUGAGAAGGCAAUAGAUGUGAGCUAUUAAAUUAAUUUGCAAUCUAUCAGCAAUAAUGUCUUUUGCAAUUCGACAAAAAUUGAUUCACAAGAAGAUCACAGGCCCCAUGGUGGACAUAGCUACUGUAGACAAUGACUCACUAUGGUACGUAGCAGUGGUUCUCAAACUCAGGCCUGGGGAACCCCUGUGUAUGCUGGAUUUAGUUCCAACCACAAUUGCAAUCCCAGACCUCUAAUAGGUUUUUCUUAAUUGUACGUUAUAUGUUUUCAGGGAUUAUUUGCCAUCUUAAGUCACAUUAUGUCAGAAAUAGCUAUGCACGUCAUGGAGAAUAACAGUUCCAUGUUCACAUUGUGCUGAUUGCAAUUGAUUACUGUACAUAAAAAGAGGUGAUAGAAACUAAUGAUCAAAUUAACUGGUGAAAGUGUUAGGCCAUUAGAUAAUGAAAAAUGAGAAAUCAAAGCUUAUUAUAACAAGCCAAUCCUAUGUUUUGUUAAGGAAAUCCUAUUAAAGAACUGAAGCACGUGUGUUCCACAACCUUAAUUGAAUAAGAUGCGUUGGAACAAAAACCCACAUGCACAGGACUCACCCAGGAUCAAGUCUGAGAUCGACUGGUACAUAGCAUGAGCACAUCUCUGUGUCUCCCUGUUUCCUUCGCCCUGUGUAAAUGGUGACCCCUAUAACUAGCCUGUAUAUAUGUAAACAGGAUAUCGUAAUAAUGGCAAUUCUCGACAUGAGACUACUGCUACUUACAUGGCCAUACAUUUGUACAAAUGUUUGUAAAUAAAAAAGAAUGAACAUGAAUAUUUGUGCAAGACAAAAAAAACCCUUUGUAUUAUAUUUUUGUUAUUUUGUAUUGUACUUUUUACAUAAAAAACACAAUUAUUGUUUACUUAUUUAUUUGUUAAGGGAUAAAGUGCAGAUGUGAAUGUUUUGUAGCAUACAGUAAGUUAUGGCAUUGUUAUGUGACAAUUUUACCUGUGCAUUUACAUUAUAAUCUUGUAUUUUCAAAGAACAAUACUGUCAUGUGCCCCCCCUCCCGUCUGCUUUAUAGAUUUUUGUGUCUGUGUGUAUGCAAGCGUUAAUGGCUGUCUACUAAUGAAAAAUGAUUUGUAGUAGAAACAUAUUUUUAUAAUAAACAUAAUGGAAGUAUUUUUAAAAGA